CUUCUUCAAAUUUUUCUUGAAUUUCCCUUCGACAAAUCCCACUUGUCCAUCCCAGACAGACAACCGCAAUUCGUCCAUUUCCUGAUAGCAUGUAUUACCUGAACCAGCCAGUUUACUGGUCUCGAUAUGUGGUCAAUAUCACCAAGAUCUCUGACUCUACUUAACAUUUCUGAAACCCAACCGCCUACGUCGAUAGCUGCAUAUGCUGACCAGCUGAAGAUCAUACUUUGAAGGUCGUUCAGUUCGUCAUGUCGACCCCUGCGAAGGUGCCAGCAGGGCAUUUUAAAAUUCUGUACUUCGCAUCCGCUGGUUCCUACACGGCGAAAGACUCCGAACAUCUGCCAGCACCUCUUCCAAUUACGAAACUCUUCGAGACGCUUGAAGAGAGAUACAGUGGUAUGAAGAGUAAGGUUCUCGAGAGCUGUCUCGUGACGGUCAAUUUAGAGUAUGUUGACGUGCCGGAGGACACCGAUGCUGGGUGUGACUUCACAAUCAAAGAGGGAGAUGAGGUCGCUAUCAUACCUCCUGUGAGCUCUGGAUAAGUAGUCGGGGAAGCCCGAUACAAUACAAUUGCCAUACCCUACAUCAGAUCAGUACUACAAUGGAGCGUCGUGUCCAGGACCGGAUAGAUGGGAAUACCGGGAUCGUUGCAUCUUGGUGUCACCAACUAGGACCACCAGGAGAGACAGAUUCUCUCUGCCACAUGGCAGAGUGAGGGUUGAU